GGAAGCAUUACUUUUCCAUGUGGCAAACUUUGUUUGAGAUUGAUACCAAAUAUGUGCCAAUUAAGCCUAUUGGUCGAGGGGCCUACGGAAUUGUAUGCUCUUCUAUUAACAGGGAAACCAAUGAGAAGGUUGCAAUUAAGAAAAUACAUAAUGUCUUUGACAACCGUAUUGAUGCGCUGAGAACUUUGCGUGAACUGAAGCUACUCCGGCAUCUUAGACAUGAAAAUGUGAUUGCUUUGAAAGAUGUCAUGAUGCCUAUCCAUAGGAGAACUUUCAAGGAUGUCUACUUGGUUUAUGAACUUAUGGAUACAGAUUUGCAUCAGAUUAUCAAAUCCUCUCAAGCACUUACGAAUGACCAUUGCCAGUAUUUCCUCUUCCAGUUGCUUAGAGGACUGAAAUAUCUUCAUUCGGCAAACAUCCUUCAUCGUGACUUGAAGCCUGGGAACCUUCUCAUCAAUGCAAACUGUGACCUGAAAAUCUGUGAUUUUGGUCUUGCACGUACCAGCAGUGGCAAGGACCAGUUCAUGACGGAGUAUGUGGUUACUCGGUGGUACCGAGCACCAGAGCUCCUCCUCUGUUGCGACAAUUAUGGGACCUCAAUCGAUGUAUGGUCUGUCGGAUGCAUCUUUGCUGAACUCCUUGGUCGGAAACCCGUCUUUCCAGGUACGGAGUGUCUCAACCAGCUUAAGCUGAUUAUUAACAUCCUUGGCAGCCAGAGAGAGGAUGACAUUGAAUUCAUUGAUAACCCAAAGGCGAGGAAGUAUAUUAAAUCGCUACCUUGUUCUCCUGGGACACCCUUUUCUUGUCUUUACCCAAAUGCCCAUCCUUUGGCAAUUGAUCUGCUACAAAAGAUGCUUGUCUUUGAUCCAACAAAGAGGAUUGGUGUUACUGAAGCACUACAACACCCUUACAUGUCUUCGCUAUAUGAUCAAAGCUCCGACCCUCCAGCACAGGUCCCAAUUGAUCUUGACAUAGAUGAAGAUUUAAGGGAAGAAAUGAUAAGGGAGAUGAUGUGGAAUGAAAUGCUUCACCACCAUCCUGAAGCUGCCCCAGCCAACAUGGAGGUGAAUCAGUAACCUUCACUUUCUGGGUUUUACAGAGCCGCCUUUGAAGGUUAUUAUUGUGCUAGAGGUAAUAGUUUACCUCUUUAUGCAUUUUUGUUGUAUCUUUUUCCUUGUUUAAUUUUAAUAAUGUUGAGGAAUAAUGCAUUGGCGGUUUGUGCUGUUAAUGCAAAAUAUUACUAAUAUCUUCCUCUUUAGAGCUUGUUUAUGACAUAGGGCUCUUUAUGUCGGGUUAGCUUCUUUAAGUUGUAUAUAGGUGUGCCAUUGUAUUUCUGGGACUCUGUAAAUUAAGGUAUGUAAUGCUCUAUUUUGGAUAGUUAUGUUUGUGUGAAGAUAUGUUUGUCUUUUGCUGGAGUAUUAAAACUUUUAGUUUUCA